AUGGUAAAAGGUGAUACCUGUGCUGAUCGGGCCGGUACCAGUCAGACACUGUCUUUCCCAAGUUUCAGAGGACUACAGGAUGCCCCUGAUGCUUCAGAGGACAAAAGUGCACUCCCACAGGGAAGUUCCAAGGAGUUCAUCUGCUCGUCAGAGAGAGGGAAAGGGGAAAGGGAGAGGGGCAGAGGCGAUCGGGGGGCUGCAGCCCUCGAGGAGCGUGGGGAGCGCGCGCCCCAAGGACGGGACACCUCGGCGGAGAGGCAGCCUGGCCUGGCCGGAGCGGCGGGAGCGCAUGUAUUUGCCCGGGGGCGCAGCGGCGCAAAGCGGGGGGACGCGAAUCUUCGGCGGAGGGGCCGGCCGGAAGGCGAGCGCGUGGGGGCAGCUGAUCCCCCGAAAUCCUCGAGGGGGGCGCAGCGGCGGAGGGAAGCGAUCGACGACGUGAAAGGAGACUUUUUUUUUUUUUUGGUGGCGGUGGCUGUGGGGCGCCUUGCAAAAAUGAAGGAUGCGGGACGCAGCUCCUUCUCGGAGCCCGACGCAGCGGAUGCACUGACGGCGCCGGAGAGAAGCAAGAACGAAGCUUUUUCUGGAUCUUAA